GAGGCCCGGCCGGCCAUGGCGGCUGCGGUCUCGGCCGCGGGUGGCGCGGGCCCAGCCGUCCUGCAAGUGGCCGGCCUCUACCGAGGUCUGUGUGCCGUGCGCAGCCGCGCCCUGGGCCUGGGGCUCGUGUCACCCGCACAGCUGCGCGUGUUCCCCGUCCGCCGCAGCCCGGGCCGGCCCUCCGGGAACGCGGACGGCAGUGGGGUCGGGGACGAGCUCGAAGCCAACCCCUUCUACGGCCGCUACCGGGACAAGAUACAGCAGCUGCGCAGGUCUGACCCAGCUGCCUUUGAGUCCCGCCUAGAGAAACGCAGUGAGUUUCGUAAGCAACCAGUGGGGCACUCCAAGCAAGGUGAUUUUAUCAAAUGUGUGGAGCAGAAGACAGGUGCUUUAGGGAAACAGCCUAUGAGCAAAGGAUUCACUAAGGACAAGACUCUCAGUUCAAUCUUUAACAUUGAGAUGGCGAAAGACAAAACUGGAGAAGAAAUAAAGCAGAUUUGGCAACAGUAUUUUUCAGCAAAAGAUACAGUCUACGCAGUUAUUCCUAAAGAGAAGUUUGAUUUGAUCUGGAAACGUUCUCAGUCUUGCCCAACAUUUCUUUGUGCACUACCAAGAAGGGAAGGUUAUGAGUUCUUUGUAGGACAAUGGACAGGUACUGAGCUCCACUUCACUGCGCUUAUAAACAUUCAGACCCGAGGGGAUUCUGCAGCUAGCCAGCUGAUUUUAUAUCACUACCCUGAACUUAAGGAAGAAAAGGGCAUAGUGCUGAUGACAGCAGAAAUGGAUUCCACAUUUCUGAAUGUUGCUGAGGCACAGUGCAUCGCCAACCAGGUUCAGCUCUUCUAUGCCACUGAUCGGAAAGAGACCUUCGGGUUAGUGGAGACUUUUAACUUCAGACCAAAUGAGUUCAAGUAUAUGUCUGUCAUUGCUGAACUAGAGCAAAGUGGACUUGGAGCAGGACUGAAAUGUUCCCAGAACCAGGAGAAGACUUAAAGCUGUCAAGUUUAGCCCUUCAGAGAGUCAACUCAGCCUUGGAUAGUCAAAGCCCACCCAGCCCCUUGAACUCCAGAGUUCAGCAUCUAUAAUAAGUACAGCCUGUAAAGAAAUGUUCUAUGUGCUUAUCGGAAGAAGUGACUGUGGAGAUGAGCCCUAAUACUUGAUAUUCAGGAAGAGAUACAUUAAUAUUCUGAUAAUUACCUCUCAACAUAGUUGAGGUUUCCUGCUAAGUGUUUUUGGUCAUUUGAAAUAAAGAUAUUCAGGGAUCUGCAGGACAGUUGACUGGAUUUUAUACAAUGUAACAGUAUGUUUGCAUUCAGGCUUAAUGCCUCAUGGCUUUCAGUUCUACAUCUUCAUGUCAUUGCAACAUUAAGCUGAAGACCUUCUUAGUGAGAUUCAGCUUCUUGUACUCUUUCCAUUUAACCAGUGAACUGGCUAAAAGCAUAACCUAAAUAUCCUGAUUAGACUCUAAAACAACCAGAAGUUCCCAUCAGGAUAAAGACUUAUAGAUGCCCCUUCAGAAUUGCCUGUAGUGUAGCUCAUUGCAAGAGUAGUUGGGUGAACAGGUGCACUGCCUGCAUUUUGUUAAACCAUAGUUUAUGGCACCUGUUCCUCAAACUCUGCCUGUUAGAAGCUAAUAAACCAGUGCAAUAUAAAUAAAUGUUUUGUAAGGUGA